AUGAAGGAGGAGCAUGAGCAGCACUUAAAGUUGAUACUUGAGCUGUUAAGGGAUCAGAAGUUGUAUGCCAAGUUCUCCAAAUGCGAAUUUUGGAUUCGUGAGGUGCACUUCCUUGGUCAUGUGGUAAAUGAGAAGGGAAUUCAUGUUGAUCCGCCCAAAGUUGAGGCUAUAAAGAAGUGGGAAGCCCCAAGGACCCCGACAGAAAUUCGCCAAUAUCUCGGCUUAGCAGGUUACUAUCGCCGUUUUAUUUCAAAUUUCUCCAAGAUCGCUCAACCACUGACGGCACUAACCCAGAAGGAUAAGGAGUUUAUGUGA